UGCAUCUCCACAAUGUCUCUCGGCGAUGAGGAAACAACAAAGAGCCAGGAGAGGAGAUACAGGAGGAUGCCAUCUAAAAGAUACAUUGCAAGCAAUGAGCACCAGCAAAGUAGCCCUGGUGACUGGUGCAAACAAAGGCAUCGGGUUUGCAAUCGUACGGGCGCUGUGCAAAGACUAUGCCGGGGAUGUGUACCUGACAGCCCGUGACAUUAGUCGAGGGACCGCGGCGGUGGACAAUCUGAAGAGGGGGCUGUCACCGCUCUUCCAUCAGCUGGAUAUCAAUGACCCAAACAGCGUUCGCACGGCACGGGACUUCUUCAUAGAGAAGUAUGGGGGAGUGGACGUUCUCAUCAACAAUGCUGGGAUCGCCUUUAAAAUGGCAGACACGACCCCCUUUGGGAUCCAAGCAGAAGUUACAGUGAAGACCAAUUUCUUUGCCACUAGAGAUGUGUGCAAUGUGUUCUUGCCCAUUAUCAAACCAGGAGGUCGGGUGGUGAAUGUCUCUAGCAUGAUGGGGUCUAUGGCUUUGAGCCGCUGCAGUCCAGAACUCCGGGCCCGUUUCCGUAGCGAUGACAUCACAGAGGAGGAGUUGGUGGGACUGAUGGAGCGAUUUGUCCGUGAUGCUCAGGAAGGGCUCCAUUCAGAAAGAGGCUGGCCCACCACUGCAUAUGGAGUCUCAAAAACCGGCCUUACCACCUUAAAUAGAAUCCUGGCCCGAAAUCUGAUGAAAGAGAGGCCCGGAGAUGAGAUCCUGUGCAAUGCCUGCUGUCCAGGUUGGGUCAGGACUGACAUGGCUGGACCAAAUGCACACAAGACACCAGAUGAGGGUGCUGUCACUCCAGUGUACUUAGCAUUGCUACCUGCAGGGGCCAAAGAGCCCCAUGGGCAGUUUGUAUCUGAGAUGAAAGUUCAGCCCUGGUGAGAGAGAGGUUGUGUAUGUUUGUGUUUCAGAGCUGGAGGGGUCAGUUGUAAAUUACCCCUCUAAAUCAAGACAGUCUACUUCUAGAAAGUUUCAGUCUAAACCUUUGAUAGAAGACCUCCGGUACUCAAAAAAUAUACAAAAAGUUACUAUGUGUGUCUUGUGUAAUUUCAUAUUAUUGUAAAUAUAGCCUUAAAUGUAAAAGCUUUAAAAUCUGGUCAAAGUUUUUGUGGGCAGACAAAUUGAAUAGCCAAAAAAAGUUUAAUAGAGCACAGUUCUGUUUAAAUUCAUACUCUAAUAUCCAAAUUUGCUAAAUUUUUGUUUGUUUGUGUGUGACAUUAAGCAGUCCUAUGAUUGAGACCAAAAAUGUAAAACUCCGGUGUGUGUGUGUGUGUGUGAGUGUGUUGGUACAAAAUGAGAUCAAACAUUGUUUACCUAAUUUAUUCUUGAGUUAAUCCUCAGAAAAGAAUGAAUCUAAGUGGAUUUUAACAUGAUCAGGGUUGAAACUUAAAGUAAUAUUCAGGGUUCAAUACAAGUUAAGCUACAUUGACAGCAUGUGUGGCCUAUUGUUUAUUACCACAAAAAUUAUUUACAACUUGUCUUUCCUUUUCUUAAAAAAAGAAAAUCAAAGAUCUGGGUUUCAGCAUGACACUUACAAUGGAAGUGAAUGGAGCCAAACUUUAAACGUUACAAUACUCACGAUUUCAAAAGUACAGCCACAAGAAGUAAACAAUAUGUGUGUUAACAUGAUUUUAUUGUGAUAACAUCAUUUGUUUACCCUUAUUGUGUAAAGUUAUCCAGUUUUACAACUUUGCCUUGACGACAGAACACCAUAAACCCUAAAACGACCAUAAAAACGAUGAUUUAAACUUUACAGCUCAAAUACACAAGUUUUAACAGAAGAAAAAUGCAAGUGUUUUUAUAAACUUCACAUUUCUACCUUUAAACCCACCAAAAAUUGGCCCCAUUCACUUCCAUUGUACAGUGCAUCCGGAAAGUAUUCACAGCGUUUCACUUUUUCAACAUUUUGUUAUGUUACAGCCUUA